AUGGAUUAUUUAAUGGCGCAGCCCCGGCCUUCUUUACUUUCUCCGACUGUUUUCGGCUCGCUCUCGAGAGCUUCGCCGAGUUAA